UGAUAAAUUAUCGCUGAGAGAUUGCGACCGAGAAAGGUUUUACUCAACUCACUUAUACAGGUCAGAGGACUUGAGAGUGCCAAAUGAGAACAUCAUGUAUUCCAAGACUUGGGACAUUAAAGCUGUGACGGUUUUACUCAAAGUAACGUGCUCCUAGUACUUGCGGGUCUUCUCAGGAACAUUGACAGGAUGAAUCAGGUUGUAUAUCUUUAAAGUAAUUCAGACCCUUGUUGGUAGCGGUAGGGAAGUUAACCCCGCACUAGGUCAUAGAGAAUUCACGUUCUUUGCAUUAUAAAAUCAUUCAAAUUGAUACGCCUCCUGGCCGUUGGAUAUACUGCCAGACAUGAUGCUCUUAUUGGCAAGGCGGUAUUGGGGGCGGUCAGCAAUAAUCUAUUCUGGCUCUCCAAUUUCUUUAUCACUUAUCAUCACGUGAUUCUCUUUAUCUUUAUGAUUUCUCCGCCGCGCGACAUCAAGUCUUCCAAACUCUACAGCAGGAGAUGGCGCGCCACAAUAAGCGAAAGCAGACCCUCACUCGCGUGAAUCAUGCCUCAAGCCCUAAGUCUGAUCAGACACCCCCGAACGCCUCGCAGAGCACCAAGGAUGAACAGCAGCCGAGUACCAAGAGGAAGCGGGUUGACGGAGAAAAGACCAAAUAUCCAGACCUGACAUAUGUUCAAGGCACACUGAAGUCGUCGAUCAGAAUUUCCGACUUGCAGGGCUUGCUACUGUACUGCUUUGCAGACGGGAUUGCGCCCCAAUGGAUCUCGAUUAAGCACUCGGGACACAUGCGCAAAGUCGUGGUCCUGAUGGUUCCUGGUCUUGAGAUUGGCAUGUUUGACGGCACACUACCAUUGGAGCCACAGGAAGUGGACAAGGAGAAGGACGAGGCCACUCACCCCGAAGUGCCAGAGGAAUCGGCAGAGGAUCGAAAGAACGCCGAUUUUGAGCGAUGGAAGCAAGGGCUUCCUCUUGAUGAUCGCUUAUCCCGAUUCAAUCCCCAAGCUCUCGAUCCAGCCUCGCUGCCUGAGCCGUUGCGGCCAUUGGGAAAAAUGUUUCCCCACGUCUGGCCCGUCAAGGCCCCCGGCGAUGCCAAGUACAACAAGGUGCACUCACCACUUCAAGCCAUACUGUUGUCAUCACUGCCAAAGUCGAAGGAGAGCGGUGGCAGUGGAAAGGGUGCACGUCCGGCUAAAGUGGACAAGGGCUUCGUUCCAAAGCGGACACCAAUUACGACAUUCAUCAGCACGGCAGAAGAUCUGCGUGAGAAUGAGUACACUCUUCAUCCGGCAUUCUUUACAUCAGACGAAGAGAAGCAGUCUCAGCUGGCAGUUCGCCGCCAAGCAGAGCAGGCUACGGAGCAUGGCUGGGUGGAUACCGAAGUUCCUACUUUGGAGGCGGGUGAAGUUCCUGACACCGAGAUUGAGAAAGGCAGCGUGACCGCGGGCCGGAACGUUUUGUCUCUCGACUGUGAGAUGUGUCUCACCGAAGGUGGUCAGUCUGAACUCACCCGCAUCAGUAUGGUUGGAUGGGAUGGAGAGGUCGUCCUGGAUGAACUGGUCAAGCCUGCCAAACCGAUCAUCGACUAUCUGACCCGUUACUCCGGCAUUACCAAGGAAAUGCUUGAUCCAGUUACGACCACACUGGCCGAUAUUCAGAAACGACUUCUCACUAUCUUGACCCCUCGUUCCAUCCUUGUUGGACACUCCCUCAACUCCGAUCUUACAGCGCUCAAAAUCACUCAUCCCUUUAUCGUCGAUACUGCCCACAUCUACCCCCACCCUCGUGGUCCGCCAUUGAAGUGCAGUCUCAAGUGGCUCACGCAGAAAUAUUUGAACAAGGAAAUCCAAAAGGGAACAACUGGCCACGACUCUAUCGAAGAUGCCCGAGCCGUCCUUGAGCUUGUCAAACUCAAGUGUGAAAAGGGCGAGCUCUGGGGUACGAGCGAAGCCUCGAACGAAAGCAUCUUCCGUCGCCUUGGCCGUUCCACCAAGAAUGGAAAGUCCACCGCCCCCGGCGAGGGACGAACGGGUGCCGUCGUGGACUGGGGCAACCCGGAGCGCGGGUUCGGCUCACAAGCCACCGUCUCAAUUGGUUGCCGCGAUGACGACGAUGUCGUCAAGGGCAUCGCCUCCGCCGUGAAGGGCGAUGAGUCCAACACGGCCAUUCCAGGCGGCGGUGUGGAUUUCACCUGGGCACGCCUUCGCAACCUCGAAAUGACUCGGGGUUGGUGUACGCGUAUGCCCGAUGCGAACAAUGCCAACGAGUCCACAGCUCUCGUCCCGCCCCCCGAAGAGACUACUCCGACGUCCGGUCCCGCCAUCACUACGACAGAUAAGAGUCUCGCUGAGUCGGUCAGCCAAACCGUCUCAGAUAUCUCCCGUAUUUACGAGUCCUUGCCGCCCUGUACGCUCUUCAUCGUGUACUCUGGAACCGGUGACCCGCGUGAGGUCAGCCGGUUGCAGAACAUGCAUCGCAAGUACCGUGAAGAGUUCAACGCGCGUAAGCCGUGGAACGAGUUGAGUGUAAAGUGGACGGAUACCGAAGAGCAGGCGUUGAAGCGGGCUUGUGACCGUGCACGUGAAGGAUGUGGCUUCAUGUGUGUCAAAUAAACUUUUUUUGAGUCAUGUACGCUGCUAUGGACAUCAUAGUACCGAUAAAUGAAAUACAUAUCUUAUCUUGGAAACCAACAUGUCUCUCGGAUCUGCAACAAUAAAAGACAGUGUCGAUCACUUUUAACUAUUCACUAUACGGCAGAUCAAAACAGGGCCCAUUAUUCGCUCGGCUACUCGAUGUCUCGUCCCUGGGUCGGGACAUCUCCCGUCGAAUCACAUCCAUAACGUCACCCCGAUCUAGCAUCGUGGUCACAGUUCCCCGCCUCUCCCUAGCACCCUCCUCACGCUCGCUAUCAGUCGCUCUGCUCUCUGGAUAUUCCAGGGUCUCCUCCCUCGCCAAUUGUUGAUCUUGCUGUUCCGCAAUUGCCGCCAUGACGCGGUCAUGGAGAUCUUUCUCAUCCUUCUCCUGCUUGAUCACAGCAUAGUGCGAGCGUCUGUACACGCCGACCGAGCUAAGCACGAGACCACAUAUCUCAUACGCAAAGAGAACGGGUAGUCCAUAGUAGAGCUGUGGGUUGCAUCCGGCAGACCAGAUAUCAAUCAGAACGUUGAAGAUGCUAUGCGCAGGGAAUGCAUAACCGAUUUUGUAGAACGCGGGUGAUAACUCGAACGGAAGGAGAAUGGAUGUGACAUUCAACACGAUCCACGAUAUGAAUACCAUCGGUACGAAAGGCGGGGAUACCCAGACGGUAACCACGUCUAGGACGAGGAAAUUCAGAUGCGCAAACAGCCAUAGCGCCAUCCAAGUGAGCAUGAACUGGCCUCCGUUGACAUUCCAGUUGUUUCGGAAAGCCCAUAUCGCGCCCGCAGUGCACAGGGACCCAAUGAAUGUGUAUACGCCGGAGAUGAUUUGUCGGACGAUGGCGAUUCGUCGCGGUUUAAUGGAUAGGUAGAGGUUGAAUUGUUGAUAGAGGCCGUUGACGUAACCCAAGUAAAAGAAUUCUUGGAUCAUGAUUAGGAUUAUAACGAGGGUGUUGUAGAUUAGGCGGGAUCCUUGUGAGGUUGGCUUGAGAUUCACAGAGGACAAGGUCCAGGGAUUAGAAAAGACGGAAAGAGCUGUAUCGUCUGAGCUGUUGACUGAUUGGAUGGUCUGCUUCGCGUUGUUUUUCAUGUAGGCCACUCGCGCGGCUUCGGAGAGGGUGAUUAACUUGUCGUAGAUGGCUGAGUCGACGGUUGUCGGGUAGCGGGCUUCGUUCCAGAUCAAGGUGAGAACGUUGCUCGUAUUAUACAAUGAAGCAGCCGAUCCACCGGCAAGAGCAGCAGUGAGAUCAUUGGAUGAGUUGGCGGUGAUGUACAAAGCUCCCCAGAACUUGAUGUUGCAUACAGCUUCCUCAAUGGAGUCAGGUUCGGGAUAUACCAAAGUCGGGCGCUGGUCCAGAGUUGGGAAACUCGGUCCUUCUAACUCCUGAUAGGCAUCGCGUACCGCUGUACCGAUGGCGCCUCCAUCGUAGUCGACGAAAAGGACGUUGAUAUUAUGGAUGUGCGUGUUCUGUUGGAACAAGGAGCCAAAGAUGUAGCAGAACAGCCCGAGGAACAGAAAUUGCAGCACGAGCAGGUUGAUAGUCGCCGCCUUCAAUAGCGCCAGCCGGCGUAGCUUGACAGAAGGGUCAUGGAUGCUUGGCCGGGGCAAUCUUGCCUUGGAGUAGAAGCCCAUUGGUGUGGUAGGUCAAAUGGUGUCGGAAAUGUCGAAGGAUGGGAAUAAACGGAUUAUAUACUGUGUGAAACUACUCAGAAGUAAUGACAAAAGGAUGUGUCAACAAAUUAAGCCGUUUACCUAAGCCACUUUGGGCGGGAAAAGGGUGUCGUUCAAAUAUAUCGAAGCAGAUAAGCGCGAAUCCCGGUGACCGCUAAUUACGAAGAUGGUAGUAAGCAAGCCACCCUUGACUGGCGCGAUCGUCCGGAAUGUCCGCCUGUCGCCGCUCCGAGAGUCAUACCAGGGGAGACCCGGUGGAGAAGGCAGCUCAUGAACAGUGACAAGAGAUAUCCCGAAGCUGUGUCUGGAAGAAGCGUGGGAAGUCUCGAG